UUCGCUGUCUAAAAGACAAGUUCCGUCAAUCUGCGCUUGACGAACCUUGUGCGCAGGAGAUGAUCAAGAUCCUGCAGGAGCAGGCUCUGAACUACAAGUUGAAUCCCCUGCUGCAGGUAUUCUGCAAGUCGGAGAUCCAGGAACUGUGCAAGGCAAAUGUGGAUUCCGACGAGCACGGCCAGCUGGCGGAGUGCUUAAAGACGGCAUUCCUGCAAAAGCAGAUUAUAAACCGGGAGUGCCAGAUGGAGGUGGCCACUUUGAUCGCCGAAGCCAAGGCAGACAUUCACGUUGAUCCCAUUCUCGAAACGGCAUGUACGGUCGAUCUACUGAGAUACUGUUCCAAAGUUGCAGCUGGCAAUGGACGCAAACUUAAUUGCCUCAGAACGCUGCUAAAGGAUACGCCAAACUCGUUAGAAGUGGACUGCCGAGAAAAGCUGCAGCGACGCAUCGAGAUGUUUAGAAACGCAGACGACACGUUGGCGGCGCCGCCCGAAGAUGUGCAGCAGCUGGUGCAACAGGUCGUCGCCUCGCCGGCACGGAAAUUCUUUCUUGUGAUACUAAUGAGCGCCACGGGCCUGGUCUUCCUUACCGGCAUCUUCCUGGGACGUGCCACCAAACGCGCAAUGGGCUUGAAGAAUAAAUAAUUCAAAUAUUAGACUGUAGUGUCGCUGUGUAGGCGGAGUGUGCAUGUUUGUGAGCUUGUUGUUUUCCAUUUCGGCUGACCCAUGACCCCAUUCCGAUUCGUAUAAGUAUAUUUUCACUCCACCCUGCCUGCCUUUCGAUAUUAGUGUGAGCAAUUUGUGGCUUAGUCGUUUGUAAGACCAAAAAAAACCGAAAAAGGAGAACACAAUAAAAAUAUUCUAGUUCCAUUCUUAGGGCUCUUUGCGUUAUAGCUUUUUGUAAUUUCAUUUGUAUAU